UUUGAACAGCCAAAAAUGCAUUGCAAUUAUAUUAGUUUUGCUUUGAUUCAUGUGUGUUGUUGGAUUUUUGUUUUGCGUAUCAAAGGAGUGUACAGUUACACAAGAGGUCAGAUAGAAGGCGGUCACGCGAUCAAGAUAUUGGGCUGGGGCGUUGACGAUAAUACCAAGUAUUGGUUGUGCGCCAAUUCGUGGAGCCGAUCAUGGGGCGAGAACGGACUGUUCAGAAUACUCAGGGGAAACAACGAGUGUAACAUCGAAAACCGAGUGGUAGCCGGAAUGCCACAUGUACCGAAAAAUAUUAAUUAGCGGACGCAAAAAAAUACACGUACAAUAAUAGUCACUAUAUUAUAUUCUAACAAUAAUAUUAUAUUAUAAUUUAUAAUGAUACGUAGACGAGACAGAGUUUCUGUUUUUUAUUGACCUCCUCGGUUAUCCGCUUAUAUUUUUAUUUACAAUUAUUAUUCGUAUAUAUAUUUAUUAUAUGUUUUAUUACAA